AUGCACGCCUUUGUCGCACUCGAAGGCCUGUUAAUUACAGUUUUGCCAUCUGCUAGAAAGCAGCAUAACUCCGGUUAUAAACACAAGGCUCAUGUGAGGUCUUACUAUCAGCAAUUUGAAGAGCAACAAACCCAAAGUUUAAUUGAUCAGCGGAUCAAAGAACAUCUCGGGCAAGCUGCCGCGUUUCAGCAGGUUGGUGGGGCUUAUAAUCAUCUGAUGGGUCAGAGGCCGAACCUUCCUCCUGUAUUGCCGCCCCCGAGAUUUCCCAUUCCUGGAGGUCAACCAUUAAUGCCAGGGUUCAGACCUCUCAUGCCUAGGCCACUACCUAUUCCUGGGGCACCAGGUGAAUGUUUUGUUUUCCCAUCUGCACCAUUUGCAAUUUACACAAAACUGUCGUUGCCUCUUAUUCAAGCAUUUUAUUGUUCUUGUCUUCCGCGUUUUAGAUGUGGUCAAAUUUUUGUGCAUUGUUUCUUUUUCCUCUAA